CAGAGCCUCUGGCUAGGCGGUGCUGGGAAGCUGCAUAGCUACGCUGGGGCCGCAGCGAUGGGCCGUGAGCCUGCGGGGGCGCGGACCUGGCUUGAGGAGCGGCUGGGGGAGAAGACAGCGGGGACCCGGCCUCGACUCUGAGCUGUCGCGGGGGAGCUCAAGCGAGGUGCACCGAGAGAACCCCUGGCCACUUCUAGGGGGGACCUGAGGGACGAGCGGCCCCUGUGGCCCGCAUCCCGAUCCCGGGCGCCGUGAUCCGGCCCGGAGCAUCUCCGGGUCGCAGCCCACCUGGACGCUCUGGGCCCCCUGGUCUCCUACGUGCAGCCACCGCUGCUGCCCUCUAUGUUCUACGUGGGCUUGUUUUUCGUCAAUGUGCUGAUCCUCUACUACGCCUUCCUCAUGGAAUACAUCGUCCUCAACGUGGGCCUCGUCUUUCUGCCCGAGGACUUGGACCAGGCGCUGGUGGACCUUGGCGUACUCUCCGAUCCCGGCUCUGGCCUUUACGAUGCCGACUCGGAGCUCGACGUCUUUGAUGGAUAUUUGGAGUAAGGUCUUGACUACUGCUCCCCACUUGCCCUCCACCACCCGCAACUCUUGGCCUGGACCAGCCGCCAAUAUCAUGCCACUGCCACUAGUUGCGGGUACCAUCUGGACCGGGAUGAGACCCCAGGAAGAGGCCCGCCUGCUUGUGCCAACAACAGGGUUCCUGCCCCAACCCAGGAGUGUACCAGAAGAGGUGGGGACCCAGUGCCAAGAUGGGAGAGUUGCCAGGCCCUACAGGAACGAGAAGGGCUCCAAAGACCUCACCUACCACCCAGUUCUCAGACUCCUGGAUCUGGCUUGUGACUCUCUGCCUUUGUGAUGGAUGUUUACAGGAACCCAGCCAGAGGUCACCUCUCUGCACUUCACCCCCAACUGCACCUGCCUCCCCCACUUAACCUCUGGAAAGGACACGGAGAGCUGAAGUGGGGUGCAAACAGACUCAUACUUAGGCCACCCUCUCCAGCGUUGUUUAAUGCAGUUGAGCCUUAAGCCUGGGUAGGCUUCAGCCCCAAAAUUGUUGAACACAGUUUCAGGGAGUCACUCUGAAGAGGGACAUGCCAAGGCCCAGAGCGGGGGUUAGUCUCUCCAGGUUGACAGAACUGAGAUGCUGUGCUGGGGAAGGCUGUCUCUGGCUAGAAGUCUAUUUUUGGAAGUGUGAGUGGUGUGGAGAGUGUGAGUGAUGUAGAUACUUGAUUUCCAUAAACCUGUAAAAGCAAUACUUAGAGGCUGACUUAUUUCAUUAAAAAAAUGUAAGCAAUUCCAA